AGUUCCAGUAGGUCGUGGUCUCUACGUAGGAUGAGGUCACGUGAGGGAUUUAUGUACGACAUUCAGACGCACGCCUCGCGAAGCACGUUGUGCGACCAUGCUGUCGAGAAACUGCGUCGAUGAGUUUCAAAAGUUUGUGUUGGGCCAUCGAAAUCAGCUAGAGACAUCAGGAAUACCGCAGCAUUUCUGGCCGACCUUACACUGGAAGCUUCAAGAAAGUGUCUUCGACGCUGGCGAGACGUUUCAGAUUGUGCAGGUGGAGGAAUGCAGUGAUGACGAUGGUGGGGAUGCCAAAAGCUGCGACGACUCAGAAGGUCCAGAUGAGGUCAUGGACAUUGCUGAGCAGGGUGACAAGAAAGACGAGGCGAAGAACUAUUCCAGCAAUGUGAUCGUCAUACGGGAGGAAGGAGUCCAUUGUCAGGAUUCAGAACAUGUCUAUCUGGUGGACCACGCAUGGACCUGCCGCCCCCAGCAGGCGAGGCAGCAGCUGCGGGAAAUGCCGCGACUGCUUCAGCGCAUGGCACAGCUCAUGGGGAUACCCCUGCCCCCGGGCUACAUCCUUGGUCAGGACCAGCCUGAACUGGUGGAUGCUGUGUUUGAGCGCAUGUGGAGGUACAACCAGACGUACAGCAUUGCAGGACCACUGGCAACCACUGAGGACUCGGUUCCCAUCUGGUACGUGAUGGAUGAGUUUGGCAGCAGCAUCCAGCAUGACAGCCAGCAUCCGAACUUCCGCUGUGUGCCCUUCUAUCAGGUGCCGCAGAGGGAGGCAUACAGCAUCCUGUUCCCCAUCAGGGACGUCGCCUGUGGAGAGGAAGUGACCCGUGAUUAUGCAGAGGGUCCCCCAUGUGACCCUGCAACCCGUGCAGCACUCCUGCUCCCUUGGGAGCCACGUGAUCUGACACAUGUUGACUGCAACCCUCCUGCACCCAGGCUGGAAUUCCUAAGGAGUGGUCGGAAGGAGGAGACGGAGCCAGAUCCUGCGGCGACUGUGUCUGAUGUCGCCCGAGACCGUAAGCUACGUGUCUACUCGGACUAUGGGCAGGUGCGGCAAUGCCUGACGCACCCGUCCUUUGAGCUGGUCGACGAGGAGAAGGAGGCCGAUGUGCUCUGGCUCAACUACCACUUCAAGCAGUACAGGGAACUGAGCUGCGAGAGCCCCGGCAAGCGAGUGAAUCAGUUUCCCUUCGAGCACGUGCUCACCGUCAAGGACCUGCUGGCCCUGGUGUGUCGGCGUGGCUGUGGCGGGGGCAUCCUAGUAGACCCCGAUAGCCUGACUAGCCGGCCGCUUUGGCUGCCUACCACCUACAACCUGCAGACAGAGUUGCCCCACUUUGUCUCCUACUACCAGCAGAGACAAAAAAGAGGCCUGGACAACCUGUGGAUCUGCAAACCCUGGAACUUGGCUCGUAGUUUGGACACCCACGUGACGGACAACCUGCACUACAUCCUGCGUCUACCAGCCACGGGUCCUAAGGUGGCAUGCAAGUAUGUCUCUGACCCGGUGCUCUACCCACGAAGGGGCAUUGGCCUGGUCAAGUUCGACUUCCGCUACAUUGUUAUCCUGCUCAGUGUGCGGCCGCUGCAUCUCUACGCCUACCGCCACUUCUGGCUCCGCUUUGCCAACAAGCCAUUCUCCUUGAGUGACUUUGAUGACUAUGAGAAGCACUUCACGGUGAUGAACUACACUGAGUCUGGACCACAGCAGACGACAUGUGCAGAGUUCUUGGAGUGUUUUGACCAAUGCUACAGCUCACAUCCCUGGGACAAGGUUCAGGCCGAGGUGUUCCAGGUGCUGAGGCAGGUGUUUGAGUUGGCGUGCAGCGAACCACCGCCGGCUGGCCUGGCACACAGUCCACAGUCCCGUGCAAUGUACGCAGUGGAUCUCAUGCUGGAGUGGGACCGCUCCCAAGGACCAGGAGAGCAUCCACGUAUGCAGCCCAAGCUGCUGGAAGUGAACUGGGCACCCGACUGCCAGCGUGCAUGCCAGUUCUACCCAGACUUCUUCAACGAGGUGUUUGCGGCCAUGUUCCUCGAUGAAGCCAGCUUCAGUCCAAACUUUAUGCCCCUCUGACAAGCGCCAUCUGCCAGAACUGCACACACACCGUGCUCACGGAGUGCUUGUCAAGUCAUAACUUUCAGUCGGCUGCUUCGACUUGCUUGCUGUCACUUUGGCAGCCACCGUGGUUUGUGUUGCCAUAGAAUACACGUUAAAGAUGUCAUCAGGCUUGCUGCAGACACACUUGCUCAGCAGGCAGGACAAGGUGAAAUCAUGCUUAUCAAGAUAGGCCUUUUAUAGCGACGCUAGUGGCAAACACCAUGAAACCGUCAUCACAUGGGUGCUACUGAGUGUGCUUAAGUGGAUGCAAAUUGAAUUGAGCACGGCUGCAUGUCAUUUUCAAGUACCAUAUUCAAUUAAAAAGCAAUCACAAUUACAGUUAAACCUCAAUAUAACGAAUAACUAAAUACAGUCGACUUAAGGUAAUUCCACCCUGACAGGCCUGACGAUAUUGAUCUAAUUAUCCGGCUGGUCGUAUCAAACAAGAUGCAGAAAAAACACUGAAACACACUGCUGAUUCAUUUGCCACAAUGUGCACAAUUCUUGGUUGUCUGCUUUCCAUCUGUCACAAGUAGAAAACUAGCAAAGAAAUAAAGCUCCUAAACAAAGUAAAAAUGUAGCGCACACCCAUUUUUUUUU